AUGGAUAUACGAGCAGUAUCCCUGGCCAGUAUGACCAAUAUAGAAAAAAGCGUUAAAGAGCUAGUCAUAGAGAAUAAUCUAAGGUUGGUUGGCCUUUUGGCCCCUCACCAGGAUGUGAAGGAGUCAACUGCGGGAAGUGUUACCGGUGGAGAAGUUCCCGAGCAGCACCCCGAUGUGUCACAACCUCCAAGGAGGAGGAAAACGGGAAUGACUAUCAGGGAACCUUCCAUCACCCCGCGAGCAGCUGCUGCCCCUGCUCCACCAAGAAAGGGCAAGCAGAAGCAAACACCUCUAAUUAUAUUUCCUGACUGUUUGUAUGUUUCCUUCCCUGCAGAUAUGCCUGUUGAGAGAGCCUUCGACCUGUACACCAAUCCGGCGUGCAACAAAAAAUCUAGUCGGCGCCGUCCUGGGGAGGGAUGUAGCGACCCUUCUGCAAAGAGGGCUCGAACGGAAGACCCUCCUGCACCAACUCCUACCAAAGAGACAACUCCUCCCCCAACUCCUGUCAAUCAAAAUCCACCAGCUCCAGUCGACCAGACUCCUCCUGCAGCUCCUGCUGACAUAACUCCUCCAGUUUCCACUGACCAGACACCUUCUGUCUUCCAGAAAAGCUCCAGGAGAAGCCCUUACAAAAGUAGUCCUCGGCUCAGCCAAGGAUAG